AUGCACGCGUGCCACGACUGGAAACCCUGCACCCUGGUACGUACCCUCGUACCGCCUACCGGCCGGACCCGCUACUUGGUACACUUUUUGAUCGUUCGGCGGGACCGCAAAGCCGCAAAGUGGAAAGCGACUCGGACCUCAACGGCGCCGCGCGGGACUUCGACUUUCCAAAGGGAAAAGAACCACUCGACGACACCCGGACCCGACCUGCCCCGGACCCCGCGACCGCCCGACUCCCCCGCGCUCCGCCCAUCAUCCGCCCAUCCCCCUCCGGCCUCCUCCUCCUCCUCCUCCAGAUACCCCGGCGCCGGCACCACACAACACACAACAGACACAUACACAACCAUGGACAAGCUACUACGGCGUGUGCGCAUGGCCGAGGGCAUGGUCGCCCGCCGCGCCGAGCGCAAGAAGACCGUAAUGAAGCGCAUCACCCAGAGAAAGACGAACAAGAGGGAGGGCGAGACCUUUACCGAAGCCAUUCGACAAAGGAAGGCCGCCAUCGAGGCUCGCAAUGAGGACUGGAUGUUGGGUCCCCUCGCUCCCCGCCGCGAACUCGGCGAGAUCAACCCGUACACGCAAAACUACUACGGCACCCUCUCCCCCACCCGUGUCCUUCUCGAGAACAAGGUCUCGGAAGAGGAAAGGAAGGCCCGCGUUGCCUGGUGCGGCUCUCCCAAAUUCCUCUGCAUCGCCCCCGGCGACCGCGUCGUCGUCACCGAAGGCCACCACAAGGAUGUCAUCGGCACCAUCGAGAAGCUCAACACCAGGAACAUGACAGUAGAGAUCAAAGCAGAGAAACUUAAAACAAACACGACCCUACCCGACUAUGUCAUGGGAGAAGACACCAAGCCCGUCCAGCCCAUUCUCGCCCGCCUGCCUCUCUCCUCGGUGCGUCUGGUGCACCCGCUCAAGGACCCCGAGACCGGCGAGUACCGGGACGUGAUCAUCCGCGAGCUGCGCCCGCGCGACAUCGUGCACGACCGGCCCACGCGCACCCGCCGCAUGCGCCGCUACGUGCCCGGCGAGAACAUCAUCAUCCCGUGGCCCAAGCAGGAGCCCAUCAAGCGCGAGGACCAGCCGGCCGACACCCUGCGCAUCGACCUGGAUGAGAAGACGUUCGUCCCGACCCUGUUCCGCCCGCCCGCACCCAUCCAGGUCCUCGACGAGCUGCGCAACAAGUACUCCAUCUUCCGCACCCGCCACACGCCCGAGUACAUUGCCAAGAAGGAGGCCGAGGAGCAGGAGAAGGAGACCAAGAAGAACGCCGCCAAGGCCAUGCUCACCCCCGUCCAGGAGUUCAAUAGGAAGCAGCGCGAGCUGCGCCGCGCCCGUGGCCAGCCGGUCCUCACGGAGGAGAUGUUGGCCAAGAUUGGCGAGGUUGUGGCGAGGAAUAAGCUGGGACAGCAGGCCGGGCCCCAGCCCAAGGUGAAGGAGGAGACGGUGGCACAGAUCGAGAAGGCGGUUGAGCAGUUAUCGAUUGGUGGAGAGGAUGCGACUACGACCCCCGAGCAACCGAAGGCUUGA